AGACAGCACCGCCGAGGCGCCUCCUCCUCCUCCUCGUCCUCCGUGCCCUGCUCCGUAGCCAUUUGGCUCAAGCAAUUUGGGCUGUCAAGGAACAUCGGUUCACAUACGCUGCUACGUAAGCUUUUCCCCAGACGAAGUGUCUUCAGAUGCAGAUGGCAUCAAAUCUUGUGCUCGUCUUGCUCGUGUAUGCAAAUCUGAGAAUCCCAGCAGCGGUGAAGAUUGGGUAUAUGUCUUCCGUGUCGACGGCAACACGAGUGCCAGAUAAGUGGCCGACGGCAGCUCCCAAGAACGCGUGGAUCUGGAACAUGCACUCUAGUGGCGAUGCAGUUAAAUUUAUGUAUGACCCAGUCAUGCUCACAUUGGGCGAGGCUUUGCGCGAUUACGGGGCAAAAGUUACUUUCGUGUCCAAGGACAAUUUAGAUACGGAUGACAGCAGAAGUGCCUUGUUAGAGAAUAUCACCGCCGCAGUGGCACGUGGCCAGAAGCCUCUCAUUGUGGCACUCGCGUUUUGGUUCACCGGUGCGGAUCAACCGUUGUCGCUCUUGCGGAAGUGCAGAGGUCUUGGUGCGUUUGUCGUCUUCUAUCAAUCAGAGGUGUCCGAUUUUAACAAGCACCUCCGUAUGUGCGAUGGUUUGUGCGACGAGAUCUGGGAUUUCUCGCAUGCGAAUCUUGACAACUACCCCGAAUCUUGGAGACAUGUUAAAAACCGAUACGUGCCCCCAGGGUAUGCGCAGGCCUUGGACUUUGGCGUUGGCGUGGCGAAGCAGGAGACACAUGUGGAGAAUGUUGGUUUCCUAGGUAAUUGGGGUAGCCGACGUGAUGAUAGAGGAGCUCUGUUGGAGCCAAUUUACCGCGAAGUGUUCGGUACCAAGCUAGUCAGCAAGAAUAAUAUCCACACGACCGAAGAUUUCAUUAGGUAUUUCGCAGACUAUCCGGUGCAAUUGGUUACGUACAGGAAUGAGAAUUGUUGCCCAAGUACUAAUGCGCUGUUGGCAUUCCGCAUGGCGCAGCUCAUCUCGAAUCGAGCCUGUGUUAUAUCGCCUCCUGCCUACCCGCGUGACGAGGAGGAGUGGCACGGCAUAGUGCACUUCGCAGAGCGGUCCCACAUAGCCAAUUUGUUUGACGAGAAGAGCAGGGAUGUCAGCAACUGCCAGAAACAGAGCUUCGAUAAGUUCAAGAACAAGUUCAAGCCGUUGUCGAUUUUGAAGCGCUCUGGCUUCUUCGACGUUUGGUAACUUUGGUUUUGCACAUCAUUCUUCGCGUGGAGAGGGACAGCGUCUAGCUCUGCGUGUCUCUCUCUUCCCUCCUUCGUCCCUCCUCCUCCUCGUCCUCUUUCUCCCCCCUUCUCCUCUUCCUCCGCGACGACGCCGGCGGAGGAACAUUUCUUCGCCGAUUACCUUUUGAUUGACUUGCGAUUUUGAUUGUUCAUCCAUUGUGCCAUUGCGGUUUUUCUUCUCUGGCACGCCAUGAAUAUUCGUUGUCUGCAGGCGUUUGGCCUCUGACACUAUCGAGUUCUCCGUGCCCUGCUCCACUUGGGAAUGAUGGGAAUGAUAAAAGUUCAGAUCGGGUGAUGGACUCCUCCGACAGCGACGGGCAGUGUCGCACGGAGAACGUCAGCUGAACAGGUUGAGCGAGCACUGCCGCGCCGUUCCCCCAGUGACUGACCCUCCGCCUCCUCGCUCCCUGAGAUAACGGAGACCCUUCCCGACCCCGAACAGAUUGAGGGAUACUUG